AUGGAACAAGAAGGGCUCUCCCGACCUCCCCGUCCCUUGGUCGGGGACAAUAGCAGGCGGGACCAAGGUCUGUACUACGCAUAUCACCGGGAUGUGGGACAUGAUACGGAGGACUGCCGUCACCUCAAGAAAGACAUUGAAAAGUUGAUCAGACGAGACCACCUUGGCCAAUUCGUGCGUGAGGACCGAACUGACCAGCGGCGGAGGAGGCCCAGACCGGAACACCCGAGCUACCCCCGAGACCGGUCUCAGGGGUCUCGUGGCCGAACUCCCGAGCAGGAGGCUCAGAAUCUGGCCGGGGUGAUCAACACUAUUGCAGGAGGACCAGUGAGAGGCAAUAGCCAUGCAGCUCGGCAGCACAACCGCCCUCUCCCCAGCGGAGAGAGUUCGAGCAAACGAUUGAAAAUGUACGAGAAAAUCAUUUACGGACCUGAGGAUGCGGUCCCGUUGGCCUCUAAUAAUCAUGAAGCCAUCGUGAUAGAGGUCUUUACCUGCAACUACAAGAUGAAGAAGGUAUACAUAGAAAAUGGUAGUGCCAUAGACGUGUUGUAUUAUAAGACCUUUAAGGAGCUACAGCUAGAGGACAGACAGCUCGUCCCAGUUCAAACCCCCCUGAUCGGUUUCGCAAGUCCCCCGGUGAGGCCGGAGGGGAUGAUAACUCUCAUGGUGACGGUGGAGGUGUCUCCGAGGUGCCGAAUUGUUCCGGUGAAUUUUGCGGUGGUAAAAGAACCCUCAUCGUACAAUAUGAUUCUGAGACGACCCACCUUGAACGCCCUUCGGGCUGUCUGCUCCACCCUACACCUCAGCAUGAAGUUCCCUACUCCUGCUGGGGUAGCUGAGGUGCUGGGAGAUCCGGAGGUGGCUAGGGCAUGUUAUAUUGCCACCCUCAAGGGCAAAGAGAAAUUGGUAGCUCAGACAGCUUGUUUGGAGCCGUGGGAACCCAUGGAGAAAGGAGAGAGACUAGAAACGGAUGAAGGGCUGGUCGAGCUGCCUGUGUGUCGCGACUAA